AUGGUCGUGCUCAAGCGCGCGGGCGUCGCUCCUUCUAUCACGGCCGAGCACAUCUGGGAGACCGCGGACGACGACUGCUCCGGCUCGCUGGACCGCGACGAGUUCUUCGGGUUCAUGACGUCCAUCAAGGAGAACCGGGCCGUGAGGGUUUCCAUGAUCGGCAAGCCCGUCGCCGCGACGGCGCCCAAGCCCGUCGCCGCGACGGCGCCCGGCCCCAAGAAGGGCAACAACGUCAUGCGCACGACGUUCAUGAAGAGCGACUCCGACCGCGAUUUCGCCAAGCAGCUCGAGCUCGAGGCCCAGUCGUUGGAGAGCUUGAUGCGUUUCGCCUUCGAAGACGGCCAGGCGUCCUUCAAGAUCGAGGAGGGCGACGAGGCCGAGGAAGACGAGGACCUCGCGGCGACGAUGGCCAACGUCCUGGUCACGGGCGCGGACCCGGACAUCGUGCCCCCGCCGCCGUUGGUGGCCCCGCCGCCGUUGGUGGCCCCGCCGCCGUUGGUCGCGCCGCCGCCGUUGGUCGCGCCGCCGCCGUUGGUCGCUCCGCCGCCUCUCGUCGCUCCGCCGCCUCUCGUCGCUCCGCCGCCUCUCGUCGCGCCGCCACCCCUCGUCCCGCCGCCACCCGUCGUGAAGCCGCCGCCCUAG